AUGAUUUAUCUUUAAAAAGUCCCUAAAGCAUUUAUCCUGAAAUUAUUGUAAUAGGACUCAGUGAAGAUUAUACCAUCUACUUAUUUAAAAAAAACUAAAAUAGUUAAAUUUUCCUUUUAAUUUUCCGAUUUUUUAGUAACUUAUUAAAGCAGAAUAAUAUUAAUUCAAAAAUAAGAAGUUUAAAUAAUGUCGUUAAAUUUUACAAAUAAAUUUACUAUAAAUUAAUAGUAUAUAAAUUAACAUUUUAAAAAUAUUGAGUUCAUACCUACAUAGAUUGUUAUAAAUACAUAAAUUUUAUCAUCCUUUUUAUUGAUCAAUAAUGUUAAACCUGUAAUUAUAGUUUCAAUAGAUAAAAAUAACUUGCCAAUACCUAUUAGUCUAUUUUCAGCUGACAUAUCAAUUAAAUAUAUUAAUUUAGUAAACUAAUAACUGAUUUUGUCUUAUUUUUGUAACAAUAAUCAGAAAAUCUGCUUUCAAGUUUGGAUGUUAACAAUUUACCCAAAUUCUAUUUUGUAAACAGAUUAUAUAGUGUAAAUUAUAAUAAUCAUAUAUUGGUAUCAUCUGAUAACUUGUUUUUCUAUAUUACUUUUAGCAAUCACACAGUAUAUAUUUAUAAUCCUAUAUUACCAUAACAUAUGAGUUGAUAUUAUAUGGUAGAGUUAUCAUCACCAAUUUAACGUAAUUGGGCAUUUUAUGACCACUAUAACUGACAAAACUACUUUGAUUAAUCUAUAAUACUUUACGAUAAUAGUUUUUAUCUACUUUCAGAAAAUUCAGCUAUUUAAAUUUUUUUCAAAAAAUGACGAUUAAAUCUUUAGUAAUUCAACUCAUUAUCUAUAAAUUAUUUAUAAUUAUACUAUUACCUUCAUAAUUAAUUAAAAUGUUAGUUGUAAUUAAUAUAAGAAUUUAGGUUUUAAAAAAAAAAUCAAAUAUAUAUUACUCCUAAUAACAGUGUUACUUUAUAUUUAAACUUCAAGAUGCUUUAGCCUUAAAUAUUUAAAACUGUUCUAACCAAAGAAAAUUUGAAUUUUCAAGAAAACAAUUACACUUAUCCUAAGAGUUUAAUACUGAAUAGAUAAAUAGAUUAUUGUGGAUCAACAAUUGAUAAUGAAACCUAUAUGUUAAACGAACUUUGUAGUUUAAGUUAUUCUGCUCCUAAUUCUAGCAAUAUACCAAAUUCGUAAAUUACCAUCUAAUCAUUUCAAUAAAAAAUUAAUUUUUUGCCUUUUAGAAUAAUUAAUCCACUUCAAUUUUCUAUGACAACCUAACAUAAGUUGCAAAUUAUAAGUAUCCGAAUCUAAAUUUGA